CAUAUUUUUUAAAUAAUGACUUUUUCGGUUUCAAGUUUCCGUCUUUGUGUGUAUACAAAGCUCUUGUUGGGUAUUCCCAAAAUAAACGUUCGUACGCGGAUGUCUCGUAAACACGAAGCCGAACAACCGAAACACGCCACACCUGCAACGAACGCAAUACAUUAAUGAAUCCUUCCUCACCUGACUAUCGGUCACCUGAGUCAUUUCCUGUCGGUUCUGAAAAGCCCCCCCUAAAGGUAAAGUUUAAAAUUGCCGAUACAAUUGCGUCCUGCGCAUCCGCUGUCGAGAUGUAAUCACAGAAUGUGAACAAAAACCUGUCAUUGUCGCUGCGCGUUUACAGAGAGCAGCGAAAGUUAACAUAGUGAACAUCCGUCUGUCCAUUCAAUUCUUUCAUAUUUAUUUUUACUUAUUUAUAAUUUAAUAAAUAUAGAGUUUACGACUAUAUGAAUUAAUAUAUGAAAUCUAUAAGAACAUGUGACUGUGUCAAAGAAUAUGUGAUUAAAAACUCGAGGAAAAGAAGCACAAAUAAACGGUUCGUUGAAGUGGAAGAAAGGAAGAAAAAAGCUUGCUGGAAGCAGGCCGAUGCAAGGUGCAACACGUGCUGCUCGACAGCUGUUUUCCGGUUGAAAUUCAGACGUUAAGUCCAUUUUUAAUUUCGCGCCCGGGCGCAUCUUCAAAUAAUAAUAAUUACAAUACGACGGGGGGUGAAUCUCCUACGUUUGUCAUAGGCUUGCACAGUCAUUCAUCGAAACUCGUGGUUAAUUCGCGUACGGAGGUCGCAUUGUCGAGAAACACGCAGGAGGAAGUAGAUGAUCAUAAGAAUUAUAGAUGUCUUGUUUUUGUAUUGUACUGUUCAACGAUCGUAAGAACUUUAGACAGCACGAGGGAAUAAUGCAUUCAGGAUCGACAAACAUUAUUUGCAGAGCAUGCUAUUUCUAUCCGAUGUAAGAAACGAGAGAUAAAAAGACAAGGAGAAACGGAGGAAACGAUAAAUUCCGUGUUAACCACGAAGUCGAUUUAACCGAUCAUCAUGGAAAACGAGGACUUUGGUUUCGCGAGGCGGACCGACCACGUUCUGCGAAAGAUUCGCACUGUUAGCAAUGAACAAACGGACGACAAGAAUAUCAUUCGUAACGAUGGACAACGAAUCUGUUCUUCAUUUAAGACGUCGGAAGCCAGUGGUGGUGGAUCAACGACUUCAGCGCCUCCGACCAGGGCCGGAAGCGAGGGCCGUGAACGCGCGUCAACCGCCGUCAGCUCAGUCGUGCCCAACACGCCGAACAUACCGAACGUGGUGGAGUAUCAUCUUAAAGUCAAGCCCAGGUCAACGACGAGACACAGCCGGCACGAUAACAUUCCUAGGGACCAGUCUCUGGAAGAAAUGAAGAAGGAGAAGAGUCCGGUACCAUUCUUCGACGAUAAGAAGAAAGAUCUCGUAACAAAGCUGCAGCGUUUAUCCAUCGACAAUAAUGUCUUCGAAGGAUCCACCGAUCUGCCUCAAGUAUUUCAGGUGAAAUAUUUGGGCUCCCACGAUGCAAGAGGCCUCUGGGGCAUCAAGCACACGAGAAGGCCCGUCGAUAAUAUGGUUUCUGCUGCAAAGGCCUUGCCGACCAACACAAUGCUUCCUCUUAUUAAACUGGUGGUCUCUCAGGAGGGUGUUGCCUUGUUGCCACUGGAUAAGAGGAAGCUGGAUGCUAGUUCCAGAAUGCAUCCUAUUGAGACGAUCUCCUAUGGGGUGCAGGAUCUCAUUUAUACCAGGGUCUUCUCCAUGAUAGUCGUUCGCGAGACAGAAAACUUCAGGAGGAUCUCGCCGUUCGAGUGCCACGGUUUCGUUUGCGAGUCCAAGUAUUAUGCAAGACAAUUAACGUAUGCUCUUGCAACAGCCUUCGAGAUCUAUUCCAAAACCGUGAAGGCUCAGGAGAAACUAGCCGGAAAUAAUACUGCUAGAAAGAGAUUCGCGAUCGACCUGAGAAGUCCCGAAGAGAUAGAAGCGGAUCUCACGAUGGAUUCCGAGGCGUAGUUUCAAAAGUCUGCCGUGUUUAGUAGACUAAAAUAUAUAUGUAAAUAGGUAUGAAUUUUUACUUAAAUGAAUUUAACUUUUAGGAGCAAAAAAAGAGUCUAAUUCAAAUUUGAUCGAGAAUCUACUUCGAAAAAUUCUAUUUAAUUAAAAAAAUUAAAAAUUCGAUUUAAUUCUAACGCGAUAUAAAAUAGACAAUUAUUUUAUAAUCCGAAAAAUAUUUUUUAAAAAGGACAAUAUACAGGGUAGAACAUAUGAUAUUAGAUUUUCAAACAAGUCGCUAUACUUCCUUUUAUCGCAUCAUAGGAAUAUAUUUACAUUAACCUACUUAUUAUUUUUUCUUGUAGAAGCUCUGUAUACUUUUCAUAAACCCAUAUAUAGUGUUAUUUAAAAAAAUUAUAUAAAACAAUAUAUUUUUUUACAAUGAAAGA